AUGUGGGAGAAUUUGGAGGAAUUAGAUUUGUGUGACAACAAACUAACUCGACUACCAGACUCAAUUGGCGAGUUAAUAAAAUUACAACGUUUGUUUAUUCAAUCUAAUCAAAUAACCACACUCCCAGACUCGCUGACAAAGUUGACAAAUCUGAAUCAAUUUUUUUGCGAUGAGGGUCCCGGGAUGUCAAAUACAGCGGUGAUGUUAAUUAACAGAAUCGAAAUUGAGAAACUAAUGAUGCAAUUAUUUCCGCAUAAACAUAUUAAACACCAGUAUAUAGAAAUGACACAUCCAAGCGGUGGAGAAAACAAACCAGUAUGGGUGGAGAAUGAACAAGCUUGUUAUGGUAAUGGAUGUGAUUUGAAAGAAAUCCCCGGUGAACUCUUUACAAUCUAUCGACAUGCAAAGAAUAUAGUAUUGAAUAAUAACUGCAUUGUGAAGAUACACGAUAGUAUUAUCGUGUGGCAGAAUUUAGAAACGUUAUAUCUGAAUAGGAAUAAACUGACACAUUACCAGACUCAAUUGGCGAAUUACAGAAACUGCGUAUUUUGUACAUUGAUGAGAAUGAUUUAA